AUGCAUCAUAUAAACUGCCAGCAGAUUGCCAAUACAAGCGACAGUUGCUUUUGUGCGACAUGUUGUUGUAAAAUUGAUUCAUACUAUCCUUUCCGAACGAUAAGACACGACUCCGAUACUGAUGGAAUACAAUUUAUGAAACCUGUUACAUUUCGAGAAAAAAAACUACUUGACAAAUUGACAAAUACAAGUGCACUUGGCGAGUUCAUAAAACAACCUUUAUCGAAAAGCAGCAUUAGCGUUUGUGCUCAAUGCGUAGCUAAUUCUAAUAGGAAAAGAAAUCCCAAGACUACUAAGAGAAUAAAUCGCGGAGUUAAACACGCAUACAAACACGUUAGAGAACAAAAUAGCCUCCUGAACAAAAUUGACUGUACACCAAACGUUAUGUCAGGCCGUAGCUUUGCAGCCAAACCUAUAAAAUCUGAACCAUGUACUUGUACUGUCCAGAUCAAAAGCAAUUUGAAACGAUACCAACAAGGAAUCGAUAAAAAUGUAUGCUUUAAACAUUCUAAGCCAUUAUUGCAGGAGUUGAUUGAUGUUCCUACACCUGAAAAUAACAUAGUAUGUAAGGGUGAAAGAACUAAAGAAACCAAAAGAUGUAACACGCUACUCAAAAGCCAAUGCACUGUUUAUUCGUCGGUAAGAAGUCAAGAAGAACUAAGAAUUAAACCGUUAAUGCAAACGUAUUAUUGCGGUUCAAAUAACACGAAGACACAGACAAAUAACUUGGAUAUGCUGCACAAAGAAAUAAAAGCACAUUCUCACACCUCAAAGAGUUUUAUUCAGAAUAAGACACGUGACAUACAAAGCUAUACUAAAAAAUCAAUUCCCUCCAAUAAAUCUGUGAAGAGUGUACAUUGGUAUUCAGAAAGAUAUAAAUUAAGAAAUAAACUUCAAGAUUUACAAAACUACUUACCGGGAAGUGAAAGUUCGGUAAAAAUUCUGUCGAACUCUCCAGUAUCACUUAUAUCGAGAAACGCUAUAUCACCAACAAACAAUGAACGAUACUUGAAAUUAGUAGCGAAAAAAAAUUCCAACAAAAAUUUAUCAUCUCAAGAUGUUUUUGGAAUGGACAUUCAAUAUGAGGACUUAUCUACAUAUAGAACUAAUGAUAAGAAACAACAGUACCCCAAAUAUAAGAGCGUUGAAGCAAAAUCAUCAAUAACCUCUGCUACUACAAACAGUAAAAGAAUAAGUCCAAAUUUUAGUUGUACUUCAUUACUUUCCUAUGCGUCUAAGAUGACGGCUUCUAUUAAGAGAUGUUGCCGUACAAAACCGCAUUGUAUGAAACAACGAUAAGACUCAGCGCUUAAUCAACAAAAUAAAUCAGUUAAAUGUCCAGCUACGUGUCCAAGAAUGAAAAAUCAAAAUAAAAGAAAAUAUAUUCAAAGUCCUGUUAUUUUGGAACCAAAGUGUGUAGUAAGUACAUAUAAUAUGUUUAAUCGAGUAAAUACACAAACAGGGAGAUAUACACAGAAUACAGUAAAGUCUUACCCGCGUAAACAUAGUCACCAGUCGCCUCGACAUGUUUCUGAAUGCCAAAAUUCACCCUUUGAACGCUUCUUAAGUCCAUUUAGGACAAAAAAAACAAAUGAAAUAACAAAAGAAGAAAAAAAUAAAGCGAAUCGUUCUAGAAAAUUAGAAAAGAAUGUUUUUAAAAAUAUUGUUGAAUCAUGCAAACAAAAAGAUUCUCGUACUGAGAUGCAGACCAUAUAUCCGUACAUACCAAGUAAAUUUCAAAAAAAUAUGAGCAAAACUGAGCCUGAUUCUAAUGUUAAAUUAACGAAACGGUCAAUCAGUACCACCUUUUCGAAUAAAGACAGUCAUGGUAAACAUAUCCAAGAACAACGUAAUAAAAAUAUAGAACCACUCAAAACCUCGAAACAUAUUCACAAAUAUGCGACAAAAAGUGACUCAUACAUAGACAAAACCCCCACUAAAAGUCGUAAUUUAAAAUCACUAGUGAUAAAUUUAAGUAAUUUUAUGUUUUCCAAUUCAAAAAAUAAAAAACUUCUAUCAAAUAUCAAUACAAAAAAAUAUCAUGGACAAUUUAAUACACCGAUUGGACAUCAGACGGAUAUUAAUAUUAUUAAACACUCUAAGAGUGAUCAACCGUCUAAUUUAUUCUUCAUGGAUGCCUUUAAAACAUCAAAAAGUGUAAGAAAUACUAAUGUGUCUACAAGAGGAAACAUAGGUCGUGAAAAUGAUGCAAAACAAUAUAACUCGUCCCAAUAUAGAGAUGCUGCUGUUAGACAAACAUAUACCAAGAGCGAGUCUGCAUCCAAUUUUAAGAAGUUGAAUCGCCCAAAUAAAAAAGAUUUUUUGAAGAAUCGACAUAAUAAUAAUAAAUAUUUUUACAAUCAAUUUAAUAAAAGUACAAAAAAACUUAAAAUAUCGGAAAAUGAUCACAAAUAUGGGACUAAAAGCGAAUCUAACAUACAUAAACUAGACAAUAAAAAUAAUGUUUUAAAAUCGUUUAUGUCCAGUUUAAGUAACCUCAUGUUUUCUUAUCCGAAAAAUAAAAAAUCUUUACCAAAACUAAGUACCAGUACACAAAAUUAUCGAAGAUGGUUUAAUAAACAUCAGAAAGAUGUCCAUAUCAUAAAAAAUUCAAAAAGUGAACAACCAUCUAAUUUGAAAGAUGAUUCAAAAAUACCAAAACGUUUAAGAAACACAAAUGUUUCUACAGGAACAAAAGUUGCUUAUCAAAACAACAAAGAAAAAUAUAAAAUAGCUCACAAUCAAUAUGAGGAUACUGCUGUUAGACAUUUGCACCCAACGAAUAAACACAAACAAAAAUAUAUGACUGGUUUGAAAACAACUGACUCACAACUUCAGUUCAUAGAUUUUAGUAGGAAAAAAAACGUACCUUAUAUGCAUCAUCAUGUUGUUCAAAUAGCAGCGAAUAAAUCUUCAGUAAAUAGGGGUGCUAAAAGUAGAAAAACAUAUAAAAAGGAAAAACAAAUAAAUACUAAUUAUGGAGUUCGUAACAAAGGGAUCCAAAUACAAAUACAUACAAAUCCAUCAAAAAAUGUUAAAAUGACCAACACUGUUUCGAAUGAUAAAAAAGCCAUUGAUUUUUUGAAAUCAAUAUGUCACAAAAAAAAGCGAGGUAAAAGUAAGGGAUGUUUUUUUAAGAGUCAAAAUAUCGACAAGAUAUGUACGACAAAGGAAAAUAAAGGCAGAAAUAAGGGCUGUAUUGCUAAAUACUCAAGUGAUUAUAGAAGAUAUAGAGAGGACAAAUUAGGCAAAUCAAUAUGUAAGAGGUCGGAGAAAUAUUGUAAACCUGUUCCAUAUGAAGACAUGAAGUGUAUAUCAACAUGUAAAAAAAAUAUCUGUGGAUGGAGACGUGAAAAAAAUAAUUUAAAAACAACUAAUGUCGGCAAUAAUAUAUCUCAUAAACUGAGAAAUAUUUCAAGCGGUGACGCAACCGCUGAUAAAAACCAAACUAUAUCAAAUACAGGAAAAAGGAAUACCGGUGACAUAGGAACUUUAAAAAUGUCUAAAUGGUUUAAAUCAAAUGAUGUUCAUAAAGAAAAUCAUGGAGCCAAACUGAAAAAAAGCAAACAAAGUAAGUAUACUGUGGAUACUCAGCGAAGUAGACAAAUUUCAAUGAAGAAAAAAUUAGAUCAAACUCAGUUACUAAAUCACAAGAAAAAAGGUGUCGACAGCAAUAUACGUACUAAACAAAGGAUUCUUUCGAGCAGUGAUGCAACCAUAAAUAGAUUCCAAACUGUAAACGAAGCAAUAGGAAAGAACUCCAACCAACGAAUAAAACUAAUGUCUAGUAAGAAUGAUAAGGAACUGGAAAAAAAACAGUUAUUGAAUCACAAGACAAAAAGUAUUGGAAGUUAUAUACUAUCUAAACAAAGGCUUCUUUCAAGCGGUGAUGCGACUAUUGAUAAAAUCCAAAUUAUAGACAAACCAAGAAAAAGAAAUGCUAGUCAACAAAGGAACCGAUCAUCUGGUAAUAAAGAGAAGCUACUGAAUAAAAACCAAUUCCCAUAUUACAAAAAGAGAAGUGUUGGCACUAAUAUGCGCUCUAAACAAAAAGAAAUUUGGAGGGGUGACGCAACAUUUAAUGAAAUCCAAACCGUUAAUAAAGUAAGAAAAAGAAACACCAAUAACUUAACAACUUCAACUAUUCCCAAACGGGUUAAAUCAAAUAAAAUGAUUUGUAUUGAGAAACUACUAAAAAUCGAAGCCCUUCGCCAUCUGAAAAGAAUGAAACAACAUAAGGGUACUACGACUAACCAACGCAGGCGACAUAUUUCAAUGAAGGCUGAAAAAGAACUGAAUGAAAAGCAAUUACUAAAAUACAAGAAGAAAGCUGUUGGUUUUAAUGUACGCAUUAAACAAAAAAAUCAAACGUGCGGUGACUCAAAAAAUAAAAAUGCUAAUCACCUAACAGCUGUUAUAAAUUCUCUUUGUCAGGAUUCUAUUUGUUUUAAAGAAUUGAAAAAGUUAAAAGACGCAAGAUUGAAAACUCCAGUUAAUGUUUGUGAUUGCAAUAAAGCUAUGAUAGAUCGAAUUAGAAAAGUUCGUAAUGAGAAACUAAUGAAAAAACAAGAAGCACUCUGCGAUGCGAAAAGAAAACGACAAUAUAAGAACGCUAUAACUUAUUCACGACGAAAAGAAAUUGAAAAGAAGAAGCAGAUGAAACUGGAUAAAAAGCAGUUACGAGAGUAUAAGAAGUACAGUGAUACAUUAUUGCUAGGUGAAUCAGUAUUAGACGCUGCAAAAUUGGGUAUUAGUGCCGGAAAAACUGUGACCAAAUCAGUAACAACAGCUUUUCAGGAUCCUGAGUGUGCAUAUUACAAUCUAAGAAGAGCGUUCAGACAUCCUACUCAUACUCUGCGUGAAAUAAAAUCCGGAAUUAGUAAAAGCGAACUGUUUCCUACUGCUAGAAGAAUAAAAAAUAGGCGUGUGGUGAAAUAA